AUGACCUUGGGCACCCCCAGGAGGGGCCUUCUGAUGUUGCUGAUGGCCUUGGGCCUGACCCAGAGCGACCCUGUGACCUGCACGUGUAAGAACCCACAUUGCAAGGGGCCGACCUGCCGUGGGGCCUGGUGCACAGUAGUGCUGGUGCGGGAGGAGGGCAGGCAUCCCCAGGAACUUCGGGGCUGCAGCAGCCAACACCAGGAGCUCUGCAGGGGGCGCCCCACGGAGUUCCUCAACCACUACUGUUGCUACAGCAACUUGUGCAACCACAACGUGUCCCUGGUGCUGCACGGUAUGUCUACCCCUUCGGAGCAGCCUCAAGUAGUGAGCCAACUGCCUCUGGUCCUGGGCCCCGUGCUGGCUUUGCUGGCCCUGGUGGCCCUGGGUGCCCUGGGCCUGUGGCAUGUCCGACGAAGGCAAGAAAAGCAUCGGAGUUUGCACAACGAGCUAGGCGAGUCCAGCAUCAUGCUGAAGGCAUCUGAGCAAGGGGACAGCAUGCUUGGGGACCUGCUGGAUAGUGACUGCACCACCGGCAGUGGCUCCGGGCUUCCUUUCCUGGUGCAGAGGACAGUGGCGCGGCAGGUCGCCCUGGUGGAGUGCGUAGGAAAGGGCCGCUAUGGCGAGGUGUGGCGGGGCCUGUGGCACGGUGAGAGUGUGGCUGUCAAGAUCUUCUCAUCCAGGGACGAGCAGUCCUGGUUCCGGGAGACAGAGAUUUACAACACAGUGCUGCUCAGACACGACAACAUUCUAGGCUUCAUUGCCUCAGAUAUGACCUCCCGUAACUCCAGCACGCAGCUGUGGCUCAUCACGCACUACCAUGAGCACGGCUCGCUAUAUGAUUUUCUGCAAAGACAGACCCUGGAACCCCAGCUGGCCCUGCAGCUAGCCGUGUCCGCGGCCUGUGGUCUUGCUCAUCUGCACGUGGAGAUCUUCGGCACGCAGGGUAAACCGGCUAUAGCCCACCGCGACCUCAAGAGUCGUAAUGUGCUGGUCAAGAGCAACCUACAGUGCUGCAUCGCAGACCUGGGUCUGGCCGUGAUGCACUCCCAGGGUAGUGACUACCUGGACAUCGGCAACAACCCACGAGUGGGCACCAAGCGGUACAUGGCACCUGAGGUGCUGGAUGAGCAGAUCCGCACUGACUGCUUCGAGUCUUACAAGUGGACUGACAUCUGGGCCUUUGGCCUGGUGCUGUGGGAGAUCACCCGCCGGACCAUUGUCAAUGGCAUCGUGGAGGACUACAGACCACCCUUCUAUGAUGCGGUGCCCAAUGAUCCCAGCUUUGAGGACAUGAAGAAGGUGGUGUGUGUUGACCAGCAGACCCCCACUAUCCCCAACCGACUGGCUGCAGACCCAGUCCUUUCAGGCCUGGCUCAGAUGAUGCGUGAGUGCUGGUACCCCAACCCUUCGGCCCGCCUCACCGCGCUGCGGAUCAAGAAGACACUCCAGAGACUCUGCAGCCGCCCGGAAAAGCCCAAAAUGAUUCCCUAG